AACAUGGCCGCCCCCCCGCCUUCCCUCAGCGGCGCCGCCGCCGCAUCGUCACCGCCUCCCCUCAGCAGGGGCUCCGCCCCUCAGCCUCCCCUCAUCAUGGUGGUUCCUUCACCACCUCCUCUGAGCAGCUCCGCCCUGUAGCCUCCCCUCAUCUCGCCGGCUUCUCUACCCCCUUCCCUCAGCAGAGGCCCCCCUCCGCCUUCCCCCAACAUGGCGGCCCCUCCACCUCCCGUCAGCAUCAGCACCGCCCCUCAGCUUCCCCCACGGGCUCUUCCCGCCCGGCGCAGCCGCGGAGCAGCAGCCCGGGCGCGGAACGGGCGGGAAGGGCGCUUCGGUAUCGCUGCCGGCGCGGUGCGAUGUCUCUGCCGCAGCAGUGUGAGGCCGCCUUCGGCACCAGGGACCUGUACGGCGUGCUGGGCGUGCGGCGCGGCGCGGCCGCGCAGGAGAUCCGCCGCGGCUACCACCGCGCCUCGCUGCGCCUGCACCCCGACCGCGUCCCGGCCGAGCAGAAGGAGGAGGCCACACGGCGCUUCCAGAUCCUGGGCAAGGUGUACGCCGUGCUGAGCGAUGAGAAGCAGCGCCAGGUGUACGAUGAGACGGGCAUGGUGGAUGAGGACGCCGAGGCGCUGCAGGACGGGCGGGACUGGCUGGAGUACUGGCAGCUGCUCUUCAAGGUCACCGUGAAAGACAUCGAAGACUUCCAGAACAGCUACAAAAACUCGGAGGAAGAGCUGGCUGAUGUGAAGGCAGCAUACAUGAAUUUCAAGGGCGACAUGGAUCGGAUCAUGGAGUCUGUGAUGUGUGCAGACUACACGGAUGAGCCCAGGAUACGGGAAAUGAUCGAGCAAGCCAUCGAGUCCGGGGAGCUCCCGUCCUACAACGCUUUUGUGAAGGAGUCGAAGAAGAAGAUGAUGUCCAGAAGAAGGCGGGCAGAAAAAGAAGCUAAAGAGGCAAAAAAGACUAAAGAUGAACUGGGCCUUGGUGAAGAAAAUGACUUGCAGGCGCUGAUUAAAAGCCGAAGCAGAGAGCGGGAAAAGGAAAUGGAUAACUUUUUCGCCCAGCUGGAAGCAAAGUACGGGAACAGUGCUAAGAAAGGAGGAAAGAAGACCUCAGCCAAGAAAAGAAAGACAGAAGGAACAGGAUAGACUGAAAUACCAGGUUUCACUUUGUAUGGAAACGUGGAUUUGGAAGAAUUUAGGGUGUUUUCCGGGCUCCUGUUUUGGACUGUGUGCAUUGACUGGCUGUAAGUGGGAGACAUGACUUGGAAUGCGUGCUGAACAAAGAAGACAAGGCAUUCCUGUGCUACUGUCUCCAACUCUUUGGGUGCUCUUACAGUUGAGAUCCAUGUGUGCUAUUCACACACUUCUUCUGUAACAAACCUCCUGCUGUUUUUAAAGGUCUUUGCACAUCAGCUCAACAGGUCUUUUUCAGAUAUUCCAUUAGUUUUAUAUAGUUUGGAAAACUGCAGAUUUAAUAAACAAGAAAGUGGGUUUUUUUCAGA